AGCACGAAAACAAGCACCGUGUGCCGCUGGCUUUAUUCAUAAGUAGUAAAUUCAACGAUGAGUUUGCUAGCCUGUUUACUUCUCAAUGACGUGAUUGUAUAUCAAAUGUAUAAUUAUUAAGGAACUCUGAGUCUGUGGUAAAAUUAUAGUACAAUUAUGUCAAGGAAAAAAAGAGAUCAUGCUUGGGGAGAAAAUGGAUUUGAGGACUGGGGUGGUUAUAUGGCUGCUAAGAAAGCUAAAUUGGAGGAGCAAUUUCGUGAUAAAGCUACCAAAGAAUUUAAAGAAUCAUCAAAAUUAUUCGAAGGAAUUGCAAUAUUUGUAAAUGGUUACACAGAUCCAACAUCUGAUGAGCUCAGACAUCUAAUGAUGAUGCAUGGUGGCAUAUAUCAUCACUAUAUGCGUCCUAGAAUCACAACUCAUAUUAUAGCAUCCAAUUUACCGCAUUCAAAAAUAGUGUUAUACAGGAGAAGUCAAAACCCAAUUCCUAUAUGCAAACCACAAUGGAUCACUGAAAGUAUAGCAGCUGGAAAAAUCUUAAAUUUUCAGAAUUACUUACUUUAUUCUAACAGUACUAAUGCGCAACCUCAGUUGGCAUAUAAAUUAAAUAUUAAAAAUGGUAAAUUUAACAUUGAGUCAGUUACACAGGACAAGAUGGAUGCUGAAGUUUCAACAAACACUGUGAACAAUAAAAAUAGUACAAUUGAUAUAAAUGUGCUGGAUGAAGGUACAAAUAACGAUACUAGGAUACAUGAUAAAAUCAACAUUCCUCAGUCUUCAAGUGCAAGAAUAAAUGCACAGUCUACGAGGGACACAGAAUUCCUAUCUGCGUUUUACAGUAACUCUAGAUUGCAUUACAUCGCCACCAUGGGGACCACUUUUAAAGAUUAUGUCAACGAGUUAAGAGACAAAAGCGACGGGACGUUUCCUGAGCUCGAGCGUUUAACAAAGUCGAGGAAAGUCAGGGGUACUUCGUCUUUAGCUGGUCGCGAAUCGGACUCAGAAGAUGAUACGAUCGGUUUUGACAAUAGCAAGGCAUGCAACAAACGGGAAUUUGUCAUAAUGCACAUCGAUAUGGACUGUUUCUUCGUAUCCGUGGGUAUCAGAAAGAGGCCGGAGUUGCAAGGCCUACCGGUGGCGGUAGCGCAUGCAAAGGGCAACGUGCACUCUACAAGUCACGACGGCAAAGAGGAGUUCGGAUCGAUGUCGGAGGUGGCUUCAUGCUCAUAUGCAGCGAGAAAGGCAGGCGUGAAGAACGGUAUGUUCCUGGGAGAGGCGCUGAAGAUGUGUCCGAAUCUAAAGACUAUUCAGUACGAUUUUGAGGGAUACAAGGAGGUUUCUUAUGCAUUGUACGACACCGUGGCGUCCUACACAUUGAGCAUCGAAGCGGUGAGCUGCGACGAGAUGUAUGCGGAUUGCACGAAAGUGCUCGAAACGUCUGGACUCUCGCCGUUGGAAUUCGCGACUGUGAUUAGGGAAAAAAUCAAGCGGAAAACUGGCUGCCCAGUCUCCACUGGCUUCGGAAGCAACAAACUGCUGGCGAGAUUGGCGACGCGGAAAGCCAAACCCGACAAUCAGUUUUACUUGAGCGGUCGAAACGCGGAACCGUAUAUCCGGACUCUCAACGUAAGAGAUCUACCCGGCGUCGGCGGGACGACGACACACAAGCUACACGAGAUGAACGUGCGCACGUGCGAACAACUGCAGAUGGUCUCGUUGGGACUUCUGCAAAAGGAGUUCGGCAGAAAAACGGGUGAGCAGUUGCACAAGAUGUGCCGCGGCCUGGACGACACAAAGCUGAAUCUGGAGCAUGUGAGAAAAUCGGUGUCGGCCGAGGUGAAUUAUGGUAUAAGAUUUCGAGACAACGAAGACGCCGUCAAUUUCUUGAGUAAAUUGUCGACGGAGGUGUGCAGCCGGCUAACAGCGGCUCGCGUAAAGGGCAGAUGCGUCACAUUGAAGCUUAUGAUCAGGGCGAAGGAGGCGCCGAAGGAAACUGCCAAAUUCAUGGGCCACGGUCUCUGCAAUUAUAUUACAAAGUCCAGAAAUCUCAUAGCAUCUGUUGACGAUGUCGGCAUCAUCAGAAAGGAAGUGGUCAGCAUAUGGAAUCAAUUACACCUAACGCCCGAAGAUAUGCGAGGAAUCGGAAUACAAAUUUCUCGACUGGAGAUAUGUAAGAACAAAGGCAGCUUGAAAAACUUCUUCGAUAAAACGGAAAAGGUGCGGACGUGCGAGAAUACAUCGGGAGAUAACAAUAAGAAGAAUCAACACGACUCGAAGCUCAGUGAAGCACACAAAAAGAAUAGUCCCGAGACACCACAGACUACAAAAUCGGCGACGGAGAAUGCUUCCAGUGCUAAGAUCGAUAAUCAGUCUUCGAGAUCAGCACAGUCUUUCGAAUUUGAACACACAGCAGUUCCACUUGCUAUUUUACAAACAGAUCCAUCAUCACUUGCGAUUGAAGCGAAAAAUGAAACGUCGCACGAUCGUAAAAGAGCGAACAAAAAUAUCAUUCACGCGGCUGAAACGAAAGAUCCGUCGGGAAAAUCGAGCAAGAAAACCGCGCAGAAGCAAACGUCUCAGGAGAACUUCUUCAAACAUAUAAAGCCGAGCAGCGGAAAAUCCUCCAAGUACGAGAUGCCACCGCGAAUACAAGACCUCGACAUGUCUGUGUUGAUCGAACUGCCGCAGGAUAUACGGAAUGAAAUAUUCGACGAAUACAAAAGGAGCAAGGAACGAUCCCGAGUUGAUACAGAGACGGCUGCCAAGAACACAACUCCUCUGGAAGAGAUGAACACGCGUGACGAGGAAACUCCGAAGACGCAGGAAUCGUUUUCGCAAGUUGACCCGGAUGUUCUGUCGGCGUUAAUGGGCAGCGACUUGCAUCCCGACGUGCGACGUGACGUGCAGAUGUAUUGCAACAUGAAAAGAGAAGCGUACGGAGUGAGCUCGAAAGAAACGAACAAGAAAGAGGGUAGCUCGGAUCGAUCAGUCGAACAGUCGCAAGAGGCAGCAGCCUCCUCGUCCUCGGAAAUUUGUCGCGAUGGCGGGGAUGCAAGACAUAAAGAUGAAACAAAAGCUGCAUGUGGGAUCUCGCAAGAUGUAAAACCACACGCGGAAAAUCAACCGUGCAUGAAGGACGAUACCGAAGAAACAGAAUCCGCAAUGCAUCGGACGAAUCGGAUUGAGAUUUCACGCAAUAACGUCGCCAUGGAUAAAGCCGAUACCUUUAUUUUACAGAAUUUGAGUAUUUUACAUAACAAUGAGAACGUAGACAAACAUCAGGAAAUGUUGAUCAAUCUUGUGAACCAUCUUUUUACUCUUCCGUUACAACAGGUAAAGAUGCAAAUACAAACGUGGGUUACUAAAUCUAAUGCCGUAAACGAAGUGGAUUUUCUCUCACUUGCGACGUUUCUUAGCAUGCUCCCGCAGAAGAAACGCAUCGCAGAUUUACAUAUCCUGCUGAAAACCAUGCACAGAUGUACAACGAAAACUGGGAACUGCAUUUGGCAUAGGACAUACAGAAGAACGGUGAGACACGUUCAACGUUAUAUGCAGAUCGAGUACAACAGUAAUCUAAUGGUACCGUCGAUCGGAUGUAACGAUUCGAGAUGUAAUAACGGCGAUUGAAUACAAAACUUUAGAUUUUAAUAAAUUAACACACC